AUGGGGCGACGCGAAGGCACCGCGGCACCGGCGCUGGGACCCCCCCGCGCUGUCCCCGCGGCGGAGCCCCCCGGUGCCUCGGCGUUCUGCUCCUGGCCGCCGCCGAGCUGCGAUGCGGUCCAGAAAGUUUUCCAGCUGCGGCGGCUCGGCCCCCUGGGCGGUGUCCCGGAGUCCCCGCGGGCAGGUGUUGAUCUCCAGGUUUGUACUUCUAGAAAUCCAACAUGCUGUACUAAAACGAUGGAAGAAAGGUAUCAGACUGCAGCAAAGCAAGAUAUACAGCAAGUGCUUCAAACAUCAAGUGCUGCAUUAAAAUUUUUAAUAUCUCGUAAUGCAGCUGCUUUUCAAGAAACCUUUGAAAUGCUUAUCAGACUGGUUGAGAAUUACACAAGCACACUUUUCUGCACUGCAUAUAGAAACAUGGCUGCUGAGGCUACUGUGCGUGUUCAGGAGUUUUUUGCUGAUGUUGGACUCUUCGUGUUUGGCACAGACAUUAGCACAGAGAAAUUUGUCAAUAGAUUUUUUGACACUCUGUUUCCAGUAGUCUACAACCACGUGAUUAACCCCGGUCUGACUGACAUUUCCCUGGAAUAUGCAGAGUGCCUCCGAAUGGCGAGAAGAGACAUCAGGCCCUUUGGCAACAUUCCCAAAAAGGCCAUAGGACAAAUGGGAAGAUCACUCUUAUCCAGCCGGACUUUCUUGCAGGCUCUGAAUUUGGGGAUUGAAGUGAUCAAUACAACAGAUCACCUGCAUUUCUCCAAAGACUGCAGCAGAGCUUUACUGAGAAUGCAGUAUUGCCCCCACUGCCAGGGAGUGAUGCUGAGCAAGCCCUGCAUGGGCUACUGCCUCAACAUCAUCCGGGGCUGCUUAGCCAGCAUAGCAGAAAUUGAUCUUCAUUGGCGGGGAUAUGUUCGGUCCCUGGAGGAGCUCUCAAGCGCCAUGAGUGGAACACACGACAUUGAGCACGUACUUCUCAACUUUCAUUCGCUUGUUAAUGAUGCUCUGGUACAGGCUCAUAUCCAUGGGCCAGAGUUAUCUGAGCAGGUGAAAAAGAUAUGUGGUCCUCCUGUAAGGAAGCCUACACAGUCUCCAGGUUGCUCCUUUGAUCAGAACAAAGAUAAUCAAGGGUUGAAGAUGUUCUCAAGAGACAGUGAAGAAAUGCUCACCAACAGAAGAAAGGAAUUUAUCAGCCACCUCCGGCUCUACAGAGCCUUUUAUGGUGGCCUGGCUGACCAGAUGUGCAGUAACGAGUUGGCAGCUGCAGAUGGGCUCCCGUGUUGGAAUGGAGAAGAUGUCGUAAAAAGCUAUACGCGUCGUGUGGUUGGCAGUGGAAUCAAAGCUCAGUCUGCAAAUCCAGAAGUAAAACUGAAGGGAACAGAUCCUGUAAUAAGUCGAAUUAUUGACAAGCUGAAACAUGUUAUUCAGCUGUUGCAGGGCAAAUCAUUUCCAAAAUAUGAUAAAUGGGAUCUCCAUCAAACAGGCAGCGGUGGAGGUGUAGAUGAACAAAUAAGUGGUGAUUGUGAUGAUGAAGAUGGCUGCGGAGGAUCUGGAAGUGGAGAAUUCAAAAGAGUCCUGAAAAUCACAGACUUCUGCCUUCUGUUGUGUUUGCUACAAAAUCGUUGCUCCGACAAUUUGGGAGGCUUCCAGUGGGCAUGUUAUAAUGUUCUGCUUUCUGCAAAGCCUGUCAUCCUCCAAAGAAGGAAGUAGAGAUAAUUAAUUGUUAUGUUGAACAACACAUACUAGGAGAAAGAAGAACCUAAUUUAAAUCUCCUCUAUUGGGAAAAGGACUGCUUAUUUUAAGGGAUGCCAGACAAGACGAACCUCAGUGACGUAAAGCAAAUCCAUCAAAUCAACAAUGGCAACACUUUAGACACAACUGGAACAGGAUGUACAACAAUGGCUAAUUAUAUAACAUUUAUGCUGA